CUUCAACGUUCAACGUACUUCUAACAUAGACGUUGUCAUUUGUUUCUGCAUUUUUAUCUUUGCCUAUCGGCUUGCAGAAAGUAAUAUUUUUAUUUGUUUACGCCUUAUGGCGAGGUAUAGGAGGUGAAGGAAAAUUAGUUGCGACGUUUAUUAUCACGUUACAAUGGUGUGGGGAUUAAUAAAGUUCGGCUUAAAAGCUGGUGUUGCUGGCGGUGCUGUUUAUUACACGGUAGAACAAGGCGUAUGGAAUGACAGCAACCGCACGACCGAACUUCAUCGUAGAAUACAAGAAAAUAUGAGACCAUUAAUACAACAGAUACCAAUAGAUAUGAAGAUCCCAGAUUUGCCCAAAAGUGGAGAGUUGUCUCAUGAUGCGCAACACCUGUGGAAUUCUGGAGUGAAGGCAACAUUUAGUUUCCUGGGUGACCUGCCUUCACUGUUGACAGGCUGGAGCAUACAAGGAUACCAAGUGCUCAGAGAACAGUUGUCCAGCAGCCAGCAGACAAAUCAGCAGGCACAUAGCACUGACAAGAAAGAGUGAUAUUUCUAAUUUUCGUCUUGUAAAUAGUCAAAGUGUAAAAUAAACUGUUGUCACAUUCAGAUGAAAGCCUCCUAAAUUAAAAAAAUCCUUUAUUGCAAAUUAAAUAGAAAGGUUAUGGAAAUUUGUCUUUGAAUAUGUGAAUAGUGGGCCAAACUUUCAUAUGAAGAAGGAGUGAAAAGAAGCAAGGGAAUGAAAAGCAUUUUGUCAUAAUGUUGCGAAUGAUUGAGGAGAUAAUGGUGUGCUUAGUAAUUCACAAAUUAUGUAGGAAGAGUUGGCAUAUAUAAAUUAUCUGCCAUAAAGUUAUCUAUAGCCUGGGAUGAAAGCAGAGAGAAAAUAAUAAACCACUCUCUGUUGACAGCCUGAUGUUCCUUAAUUUGCUGCACAAAUUGUCAUCAUGGAUUUAACCAAACCUGAUAAUGAAGGCUAUUAUUAUUGGAGUCUGAUGUUUCAAAUUAAGCUAGGUUGUUGUACCCAACGACUACUGUAUGUUGCAAAAGACUUCAGAACCUUGUUCAUGUUGAGUUUGAUAAAUGGAAAAAAUAUUUGAUAA